CGGGUAUUUUUCACCGCUCGAGUGUCUUCUGUGCACCCGAUCAGCUGUUACAGUCGACGUGGGUGAAGUUGCCGGCUGUAACUUAGCGUCCCACCACUCUGUCUAACCCGAAUUGCCGCCUUUUUGCCAGGACAGCAUGGAGAACCGAAAACGGCCGUUUGAGGUGGUUGUGACCCCCGGUGACAGCUUCCACACGCCGGACAAGAGAGUGUCCGCGGUCCGGCUGCCAGACUCGCACUACAUGCGAUGGGGAGUGGAGGAAACGUGUCGCUACCUGCGAUCAGAGGGUCUCGCUGAAUGGGAAGACACAUUCAGAGCACAAAAAAUCACAGGUGUCGGGCUGCGGUAUCUCAAUGAUGCUGAUCUGGAGAAGAUUGGCGUGCAGUACCUUGGUGAUCGUCUGGCGAUCCUGCACAGCCUCAGGAAACUGUGGCAGAUAGAAGCAGAGCUAAAUAAGGUGUUUAAUGAUCCUAUCCACGGGCAUGUGGAGCUUCACCCUCUUCUCAUCAAAAUCAUCGACACACCUCAGUUCCAGAGACUACGAAGCCUUAAGCAGCUUGGAGGGACCUACUUUGUUUUUCCUGGAGCAUCCCACAACCGCUUUGAACACUGCAUUGGGGUGGGUCACUUGGCAGGGCAACUUGUAAAAGCUCUGAAUGAGAGGCAGCCAGAACUCCUCAUCUCUCACAGAGACAUCCUUUGUGUGCAGAUCGCCGGGCUCUGCCAUGACCUGGGACAUGGACCAUUUUCCCACAUGUUUGAUGGGCAGUUCAUCCCUAAAGCACGUCCAGGAAUUACCUGGAAGCAUGAGAGAGCGUCUCUGGACAUGUUUGACUACCUGGUGAAUGACAACAGCCUGAAGCCGGUGAUGGAGCAGCACGGCCUGGUGCUGUCGGAGGACCUGGUCUUUAUUAAGGAGCAGAUUGCCGGACCAUUGGAUCCUAGUGGAGCUAAAGGAAAGAAGUGGCAAUAUAAAGGUCGUCCAGAAAACAAGUCUUUCCUCUAUGAAAUUGUGGCCAACAAAAGAAAUGGCAUCGAUGUGGACAAGUGGGACUACUUUGCCAGGGACUGCUACCACCUGGGCAUCCAGAACAACUUUGACUAUCGCCGCUUUCUCAAGUUUGCCAGGGUGUGUGAGGUAGACGGGCAGAAGCACAUCUGCACGAGGGACAAGGAGGUCGGCAAUCUGUAUGACAUGUUCCACACAAGGAACUGUCUCCACAGGAGAGCCUACCAGCACAAAGUGGGCAAUAUCAUAGAGACUAUGAUCACAGAGGCCUUUUUAAAAGCAGACGGGCACAUCAAGAUUGAAGGCUCAGGAGGGAAGCUGUUCACUCUGUCCACGGCCAUAGAUGACAUGGAGGCCUACACCAAGCUGACAGAUUAUGUGUUUGAACAAAUACUCUACUCCUCUUCCCCGGAGCUGGCUGAGUCGAGGCAGAUUCUACGCAACAUCAUUUGUCGACGCCUCUACAAGUGUCUGGGCCAAACCCAGACAGAAGAGCCCCUGGAUGUCACCCGGGAGAAUAUUCAAAGCUGGGAAGCGGAACUGGCUCAAUCUAUCCCUCAGAGCGGCCGUCAGGAUGUCAGUCUGCAGCCAGAGGACUUUGUCGUUAAUGUCAUUUUUAUGGACUAUGGGAUGGGGGUAAAGAACCCCAUCAACAGUGUGCGUUUCUAUUGCAAAGAUGACCCAACCAAAGCCAUCCAGAUUCGCAAGAACCAGGUGUCUAAACUUCUCCCAGAGACGUUUGCCGAGCAGCUCAUCAGGGUCUACUGCAAGAAGACGGAUGACAGGAGUCUGGAGGCAGCCAAGAAACACUUUGUCCAGUGGUGCAUGGACAAGGACUUCUCAAAGCCCAGGGAUGGAGACAUUAUAGCACCUGAGCUGACACCUCUGAAAGACAGCUGGUCGCACAACAAUGAGGGAGAGGGAGGGGAAGGUGGCAGCUCCAGGAGAGGAAACCUAGUAAAUGGACAGGAAAAAGCCAAAGUUCAGCUUAACUUCUGAUAAGUAAGAGGAAGAGAACUAUUACCCCCCUGUUACACUUUUGGUAGAUGAGACAGUGUUGAGUGAAAAUAAAUAUAUUUUUCUACGAGGUGAGUGUGUUGGCAAGCAAAGCAAAAAUUAAAAAUUAACUCUGUUUGAAAAAUUAAAAAAUAAUAACUCAAUGUGGCACAUUCAGGGCCCGUACUCAGGGUUUUUACACAGAUCCCUCUUCAGUAUUACACAUAUCUUUUGUUUUAGUUUGAUUAUUUUAGGCUCCGCUUUCCAUUUGAAGCUUUAAGUUCAUUUGUUUUUUACCAUGUGCUUUCAACCAGCACCACUAUCAUGUGUUUGUAUUAUGCACAAUAAAUCAAUGUCAGAAUAUUUUACUCAGAAUAUGCACAGUAUAUUUCAGGGCAGUGUGUUUUUACAGCUGAUGUGUUUCUUUUAAGGUUUUCAGAUAAGAUUUGAUGUUUUGUUUUUUUUUUUCCUUUAGGCUUUUAAAGGCAUACAUCAAACAUGCAGUCAAACAUUUUUGUGAACAGUUUCUGAUGUUUAAAAUGAGGGUUUCUUUUUGCUUGACCUUGCUUUGGAUGUAUUUGUUUUUAAGAGGUGUUUUCUGCUUGAGUUUGUUGUGUUGUACUUUAUUUAUUGACCUUACAGUUUGUAGCGCACCUCGCCCAUUUUUUGUUUUUAACUAUAGAUCUGUGCAGCAUUUUAAAUGGAAUUGUGGGUACCGUUUAAAAUGUUUCCCUCUUGCCAAAAUGUGAUCUCCUCCAACUUGCCUGCCUCAGAGCUGGUUGUUUUAUUCUGCCGAUUGUGUACUAAAGAAUAUUUUUAAGAAAAGAAAAUGCAGCAAAGGGAAACUUACUAAAGGGGUUUGAGAAGAUCCUGUACGUUGAAAGGGGCUGAAAACAGUUUGAAAAUAAAACUCCUUCUCUUA